UUCUCGGCGACCACUCUCGAAUUAGCCCUCGUCUCUUGCCUCCGUUCAUCUCGCUCGGCUCGGCGCGCGCGAGUAGAGGAGCCCGGGCCUCGUUGUCUCCCUUGAAACAGGUCCACCCUCUGUUGGCGCCGCCGUUGCCGCAUCCGUCCGUCUAUCUCCUGUCUCCCUCUUUUUCUCUCCGGGGAUCCCAAUCCGCCCUCCGUCCCUUCUCCGCGUCCACGCUUCACACCCUUUUCUGAAGCCGGGGCGCAGUCACCGCGAGAGCCUUCAGCCAACCGCCUCUGGCAGGAGCUUGUGAGACAAGACGAAAUCCACGAUGGUGGGCGGUGGCGACUGUAAGGUCGCUACCGUAGAGGUAGAGGCGGCCUCCGGAGGCGACAACACGGCGACACUUCCGGUCACCAGGCCUCUCAAUCCGCAAAACUCACCGCCGAAUGCACAGGACAACGCUGAGAAGAACAACGCCGCAAACAAAGAAAUGGAGCUGAAGAAUGUGCGGUCUACUCCGGCGAAAAAAACGUCGCUCUUCAUCAUCAUGAGCUUCAUCUAUUCAAAGCUACUCGUAGUUGUAUGCAUUGCUUACGUGAUAAGCGAAGUAGUGACGCACAAACUGCCAUUGUACUAUUACGAGGGAUUCUUCACAUACCUUUAUGGCAUGAGUAUCCUGUUCCUGUUGUACGUCUUCUGCUUCCUCCUUCAAGAGAGCGCUUGUUGCGCGAGAGGAAGCGAUACGCCACCACCGCCUCCAAGACCACCCAAAACUGGCUGGGCCCCUAAGGAACCUAAGGACAAGAACAAGAAGAAGGAUAAGAAAGAAAAGGAUCAGAAGCAGGAUAAAAAGAAAAAAGAAGUGACUACUCAGGAUACAACCGAUGUUGAAGCUGGCGUUGCUACGCGAGUCUUGCGAAAACGAAAGACUUCGCAAAAUGAUCAUAGCCAUGGAAGCUUCUUCCUCAGAAUUGGUGCAAUAGCGUUUGGACUUGGUACUAUGGUAUACAACGGUUUGGAAUUUGGUGCGUUCUUCGAGGUGCCACCUACAUCACCCUGUUAUCAAAUUCUACAAGGUGUUAAUCCGGUGUUGCAAAUGAUCUUCACCUUUAUGCAGAUGUAUUUUAUCUUCAUGAACUCUCGAUUGAAUAUUCAUCGCUUUAAAGUCAUCGCUCGCUUUGGUCUGAUGCACGUGGUCGCAACAAAUCUUUGCGUAUGGAUACGCACGCUGGUUCUGGAGAGUCUCAAGGAGAUCACUCAGUAUCACAAAAAACUAGGCCAGUUUCAGGCGGGAAUUCUCGAGAGCAUUAAACUGCACUCGAUGCGAAACGCAGGGGCCAUAUUGGGAACCGAACCACGCGACAUGGCGCAAUUGCGAGAGGCUCCUCUUAUGAGGUCAACGACCGUCACGCCGACCGUCACCAGUACGGUUGUGACAGUCGGCACUGCUCUGGGUCGCGUAAUGACAACGACAGCUAGAUCAAUCGCGGACGCAUUCACUUCGCCGUCUCCAACAUCCACCUCGACCACUACUUGGACGACCCCGUCGACAACGCCGUCGACCACUACUUUCGCGUUGCCUAAUCUGACGACCACGGCGACAACUUUAUCCACUCUCUUGACCACAUUCACACCAUCGACCACCAGCACCACCACCACUACCACUACGACCGAGAGAAUUACUACUAUCCCGACUACAACAACAAGCACUAGCACUACUACAACUACCACGCCGUCCACUACUACGUUAUGGUCACAGAUGAUAGAACUACUGAACACCGCGCCACAGAGUGACAUAGACAACCAAGUACCGCAGAUCUUUGAUGUAAGUAAUUUGACAAAUAGCAGUGAUUAUUGGAGUCCGAAUUUAGGUAUCUACGCGGAAGCUCUAACGGAGGAUGGCACGGUGUCCAAUUCGUGCGGACGCGUCAAUAUCAUGGGAACCAUCGUCCAGGACGCGGCGCCAUAUCUAUUUCCAUUCAUAAUCGAGUACAGUUUGAUUGGAGCAGCAGUGAUCUACGUCAUGUGGAAGCACAUCGGCCGACAUCCGCGUUGGCCUCAUCUGGCAGAGGCUGAUCUUGAACGUCGUUUAGAGGCUAUGCUAUCGCGAAGAGCUGUCGCUCUUGCUCAUGCAGGUCACACUAGAGUCGACUGCGUUGGAGCAAGCAAAGGUCUCUUCUUCGGUUUGCUUCUUCUGGUUGGUUCCCUGAUAUGCCUGAUACUGUUCUUCGUGCUGAUCCAUCACCCGGAGUUCGGAUUGCUCGCGAUUUAUCUCGCUGAUGUGUCUCACUGCGUCUUAAUGGCGUUAUCUAUCAUCGCCAUAAUUAUCGGCUUCAUUCGCGUGCAGAGUCUCAAGUUCAAAGCCGAGGAGCAAAGCGACCUCAAUGACAUUCUCCUGCGCGUUUCCGCUUUUGGUCUCUUCGUCUACGCCGUCUUUAGUGUGAUCGCUGGUUCCCUGGCGGCCUUCACGCAUGAGCCGAAUCUGCUGGUGAUGGUGACGGGAUUGCUAUCGGUCGCCCAAGUAGUCCUUCAGAUGCUCUUCAUCGCUGAUGUGUCGCGCAGGCGAGUUCACCUGCCGGAACACGAUCGCAGCAAGCCCGGUAGACAGGUGGUUACUUUCCUGCUGAUUUGCAACGUGACUAUGUGGGUGAUCUACACUUUCGAGACCCAGAAGGUUAUCGCUAAUCCGGUGCAGCUUGAUUUCUACGGAUUCCUCGCUUGGGCUAUUGUGCAGAGGGUCACCUUGCCGCUGUGCAUCUUCCACAGGUUCCACAGUGCCGUGACGCUGGCCGAGAUCUGGAAGACUAGCUAUAAGGCGCGUCUGGAGUAGACGAGCGGGGAGUCCCGUCAUAGUCAAUCGUCCGGAGUGAUCGUCGGUUGGAACGAAAGAGCGAGCACAAGCAGGUCAGGAUGCUCCACGACCUCGAUCACAUACAUCGAUUUCAGAUCUCGAAAAAAAAGGUUUUUUUGAGAAGAGAAAGAGAGAGAGAGAGAGAGAGAGAGAGAGAGAGAGAGAGAGAGAGAGAGAAAGAGAGAGAAAAAGAGUGGAAGAUCGAUUGGGAAGGUCGACGGACGGAAAAAUUGCAAAAUGACGGAUCAGCUGGAAUAAACGAACAUAUACAGCGUGUCUGACACGCUUGUUGC